UUUAUAGUGGGAAGAGCUCCUGUCAAAUUGCCAGUCAUGAUGUAUAUACAUGGAGAAUCAUACGAAUGGAAUUCUGGAAAUCCAUAUGAUGGAAGUGUCUUGGCUAGUUUUGGAAAUGUCGUUGUGAUCACCAUUAAUUAUCGCUUAGGUGUACUUGGAUUCCUUCCUGCCAUGGAAGGAUCUGCAAGAGGAAAUUAUGGUUUAAUGGAUCAGGUAGCAGCGUUGCAUUGGAUCCAGGAAAAUGUAGCAGAAUUUGGUGGAGAUCCAAGAAAUGUAACACUUUUUGGCCAUGGACAAGGUGCAGCGUGUGUAAAUCUUCUCAUGCUUUCGCCAAUGGCCAAAGGAUUGUUUCAGCGUGCUAUUAUUCAGAGUGGAUCUGCACUUAGCCCAUGGGCUAUAGCUCGUGAAGCUCUUACCUAUACACGUCAUUUAGCACGUGUGCUAGGUUGUCCUAUUCAGGAAAGUAAUGCUUUAGUGGAUUGCAUGAGAGAGCGGCCAGUUGCAGACAUUAUGAGAGUACAACUUUUAGUCCCUGCACAUUUGACAGCCUUCGGUCCAACUAUAGAUGGAGUUAUGGUCCCUGAUGAACCAACAGCCUUAAUGGAAGAAUAUACUGAAUUGUAUGGUCAAUACGAUUUAUUGUUUGGUGUUUCUAGAGUCGAAUCUUUUUUUCAGUUCUCGGCACAAGAAGAAAAACACGGUAUUGAAAAUGAUCGCAGAGACCGCUUACUGAGAACUUUGGUAAGAAAUCUUUUUACUUAUCAUCUACAAGAGAUAUUUUUGACAAUUGUCAACGAAUAUACGGAUUGGACUAGGCCAGUGCAACAUCCUAUAAACGUUCUAGAUGGUACAUCUGAUGCACUUGGCGACGCGUUAGUAGUUGCUCCUUUAAUCAGAGCGGGUAAUUACCAUUCUCUGGUGAAGACGAACUCUUUCUAUUACGUGUUUGGCUACCAAACAGAGGACAGUCAUUAUUCCCAAAGGGUGGGUUGUGUUCACAACGAGGACUUGCCAUAUAUCUUCGGUGCUCCUCUUAUUGGACAGCUUGGACAUUUUUAUAGCAACUACACUCGAGCUGAAAUCUUGUUGGCUGAAGCUGUAGUACUUUAUUGGACAAAUUUUGCCAGAAAUGGUGAUCCUAAUAUGGCAGGACACGAAGCAGAUGUUGCGAGUGAUAAAGGAAGAGGAAGAUACGAAAGACUUCUGUGGCCAAGAUACGAAAACAUGCAUCAGAAAUUUUUACUCUUAGGAACAAAACCUAAAGUCAGAGAUCAUUAUCACGCUCAUAGAUUGUCUGUCUGGUUGCAUCUUUUUCCAACUCUACACCAAACAAUUGCAGUUGGUGCAGCACCUCAACAUCAUCUCCUGGAAGAUCAUGAUAACGCUCAAACCUACGACGGCAUUGUAAGGCAGGUGCCAUUAAACAUGCCUCAAACAACGACAACUACUCUACAACCGACUACUACCACUACGACUAGGAAACCACCACCUCCACCUCCACAUACUUUCUACAUAACUCGGCCUAGGCUCCGCGCCACAAGGCAACCCCCUCGAGUGACAUCAUUAUACCAAAACGAUGUCAUCACCCCAACCGUCCAGCCAACCGAAAGUUUGGAGAAUGUGGUUCCUUCUGGAGUUUAUUCAACUGCACUAAGUGUCACUAUCGCUGUCGGUUGCUCUCUUCUCAUUCUUAACGUUCUCAUCUUUGCUAGCGUAUAUUAUCAAAGAGAGAAUAGUGCAACUGUUACAAAACCAAGAAGCAGAAAGCAUUCGUUGGCAAGAUCAUACACUGGUCCUCCAAUGAAUACUACACCUCAAUUGAAACAACCACUUCUUCGUGUGUUACCUGUAACCACAGAUGCCAAUUGUAGCAUUCCAUCACCUCGUUACGUAUCGCCGCCAUCACAGUUUCAAGGUCGGACUUUAAAUUCUGUAUCUCCGAAGUCUCCAACAUCGAAAACACCAAAUUCUUCACUUCCAGGAAACUCGGUGCCAGAAUCGAUUCCACUUCUUCCACAAGGGAUCAUCAGGACUGCCGUCAUAACAACAAAACCGUUGGAACAAGUACAAAAUGCUUGAGAUUGUGAAUCAGCAUCCGACGAUUAAGUUGUUCGUUUAAGUUAUUUUUCUUCCGUGUUUUAUUUUUCAUCAUGUUCAUGUAGCAUUUCUUUGAUUAAAGCAAAGAAAUUCAGUCCAAUACUGUGAUCUCCGGUGAUAAUUUUUGAUUCUCGAUUGAAACAUAACGAUUUCCAAUCAUUAUCUUGUAAUCUAUUGGAAUGUUCUUCGAGUUACCACUAUACUUUCGCUCGUGAAGGUUAACUGAAAUCUGUGACAGAUUUCAUAUGUACUCUGAGAAGUACAAUAAAAAUGUUUUU